CUGUCGUCGAUGUAAAUAGUGUUGAUCCAAAACAAUUAGCUCAUAUUAGAAAACAACGUAUACAUGAACAAAAACGACGUGAAAUCGAACGGUACAUUAAAAUAUUUAGUAUAACAUUUGAUUCAGAGUACAUUCGAGCAUUGAAAACAACAUUGCGAGAACGUUGUUCGAAACGUGGUAUUAAUGUACCAACAUUAUGUUCAUGUCAUUCAACUAUUUGGGAUGCUGAUCCAAUGGCAUGUUCACAAAAUUGUUCGUUUUAUCGAAAUCCCACAGCAUUUGCAACAUCACUUCAUAGUUUACUCACAUCAUGUCAAGCCACAAAUUAA